GCCACAUCUGUCCAGCUUAUCUUCCUAGAAGUCCUGCAGGAGAAGAUGCUCCCCAACUCAGACAGAAAGAUGUUGUCCAGCAUGUUAGGACUCCUCGUCCUGUCCUCCACCUGUUCAGCCAUGUUGCUCCCAAACAUGACCAGAAAGUCAAUGCCAGAAGAAGAAGGCUCCACAUCAGACCCUAACACUUUAUACUGGCCUGAAAAAGCACCGGACGAGUCAACAGUUCAGAUUCCCCAGUUGUCAUCUCAUGCCCGCAGUGGGGGGCCCAUGCCGUUUGGACCCCCCAGCGGGAACACGUCUAUCUUUGCUGAUGGGCUGCGGAUGCUUGGCAACAACUCGCCUCUGGUUCCAGGACCAGAUACUUCCAUCUGUGACAUACUGUUCAGCCAGCCGAUACCACCACCUGUCGACCAGAUCCCGUUCUUCUGCAUCUGUUCCUACUGCAAAGGAACCGUAGGGCCCAAAGGAGACCAUGGAGACCGGGGCCCUCCAGGUGAACCUGGAAGUCCUGGAAUGAGAGGAAUGAUGGGAUUCAAAGGUUCCCGAGGAUUCACAGGCCCCCAGGGGAUCAAGGGUCAGAAAGGAGACACGGGGGAGAAAGGGCAGACUGGUCUGACUGGAUUCACUGGAACAAAGGGCGAGCGAGGAUUCAAAGGGGAGAAAGGUGACCAAGGAUCGAUUGGACCUCCAGGCACACAAGGUCCCCAAGGAGAAGAGGGUAUAUGCCCUGCCUCGUGUGACAGUGUCCCUGGUGCGCCAGGUCUGCAGGGGCCACCAGGACCAGCUGGGGCCCGGGGCCUGCCUGGGGUCCAGGGAGUUGUUGGACCCAUGGGUCUGAAAGGUGAUAAGGGUGACAUGGGAGUGCCUGGGGGGCCCGGUUUAAAUGGUCAGAAAGGUGAUCAGGGUGAACAGGGGACCUGUAAUUGCACAGAUGGAAAAAAUGGUACUAAUGGGACUCCAGGAGAAAGGGGAAGUAAAGGAGAAAAAGGGGACACUGGUCCACAAGGUAUAAAGGGUCCUACGGGUUUGACAGGAAAUCAGGGUAAUAUGGGUCUGAUGGGGCCACCUGGUCCCUGCUCCCCAGCCAUCCAAUCAGCAUUCUCUGCAUGUAUCAACCAGUCAUUCCCUGCUGAAAACUGGCCAGUACCGUUUCCUGAAAUCCUGAUGAAUGAGCAGAGGCACUUUAACCCAUCAAUGGGUAUGUACACAGCACCCGUAAAUGGCACCUACGUUUUCUCCUUCCACCUGGCAACCAAGCAGAAGCCGCUGAAAGUCGGCCUGUUCCGAAACUUCUACCCUGUGGUCAGAGUAACAGAAGCAUCGAGCCAAGCCACCGCCAGCCACACGGUUGUUCUCCACCUAACCAUGGGCGAUCAGAUAUGGCUGCAGGUGAAGGAUUCUCUCACCAAUGGCAUUUUCACCGACAGUGAAAGCAAAAGCACGUUCUCCGGCUACCUGCUGCACCCUGACUCUUGCGACGCAGCCUUUGGCAGGAUGUUUCUGCAGCCGCAUCCUACAGGUGGCUUCAACUGGAAUGGCCCUGAUGGUCACGUCACUCCUUCUCCAAACUAGGCCCUACUCAGUGGCCGAUGUUCAGACACAGUGUCAGCAGAUAGCCAAUCAAAUUCUCCGUGUGUUCAUCACAGCACGUUUUAAAGGAGGGGUAUUUGCAGAAGGUGGUGAGUAAGUGGGACAGAUAAUCAAGCCUGUUACAGAUUCGGAUCAUCUAGAGUUAAGGUCACGUUGGAAAAAUAAUUGACAUUUAAAACAUGACUGUAUGGUUAUUGUUUUUUUUUACAUUUUGCAGCAACAGUUUAGACUCCUUCCAACCUUAUGAAGCCUUGGCUACCAUCUCCUGGCUACUAUUCUAAAAUUAUCCGCAAGCUUUGCCACAAAUAUUUAUAAACCAGCAAAUUAAGCGUGAUUUAGUUUUAUAUUACCCAAUGCUGUGGUGUGACGCGUUUAUUUGGCAUUUUAUUAGAUUCACUUUAUUACUUCUGCUUCUUCUAAAAAGUUAAUUAUUUCAACGUUAUAAACUUUAACGGAGGGAUCUAAGUUUUAUUAAUGACCCAAUACUUAAAAUACAAGGCAUAUUUUCUAUGUAGGGCAUAGUUACAGCAGCUGCAUAGCAACAAGCUGAUGAGAUUCAGUGUUUUAUUGUUUACUCUGAUAGGGAUGCUGGGUCUGAAUAAAUAUGAGCUUCAGCUCUUUAUUGAGUCACAAAUGCUAAACAGUUAAGAAAAUGAACAGAAACCAAUGAAGAGGAAACUUGUCCGUGUUUGGAUGAAUGUUAAAAUAAUCUUACUGUAAAUCUGUUAAUGUCCUUAUUAGAACCAAAUAAAAAGAAAACUACUAAAAACAAUCUGUAAUAAAACCUACAUGAAGAGAAAAACUGUAAGACGCUUAAAACUUGUGACAGAUUCUCCUCCUUUAAAACGUCCCACUUCUGAUUCAACACUGUGUCUGACGUAGGCUUGCUGCUGGCUGACCUCUGACCUCUGUUUUCAGUCAGCCUCCAAAUGAAUUUCUAGAGAAUCCAGCUGGCUGAAAACGGCUGUAGAGGUUCAGGUUUGCUCCAAAAGGAAAUACUUUCAAAGCACUUUGCAACUGUUGAUUUGCAUUCAAUUAUUAAAAUUUAUGUUUUAGAAAUAUUAUAAGCUUGCUUUUUGAAAUGAUGCAUGAAUGAAAACAGAGCUAUAGCUUCCACAUAGUUUUCAGAUGAUACUAAAAAGUACCUUGUAAAUUUGUGUUAUGACUGUAUGUAUUAAUAGAUUUAUGUAAUUUUGAAUAAAUCUCCAGUUUUUUGGAAGUGACAACCUUCAGGUUUGGAGCUAAAUGUCAAACUGAUUGAAAAGUGGAGAUUUUUUCAUGAGGAGCAUUUGAGCCAAACUCACUGAUUUUUGCUUGUUGCAGCGUUUCAUGUCCGUUUCCAGGUGAUUGCACCUGAUUGAAGUCAGACAACAAAAUGCUUGGAUAGAGUAAAAGAAACACAAACACAACA